GACGCAAGUCACGUUAUGUAAUUAUCAAUUAUCAAUUUAAGAGAUUAGGUAUCACACCUUUUUAUCUAUUUGAAUCUUCAUUGUUAAAACAAAAAAUGGUUGAACUAAAUUGCAUUGCAGAUAUUUGUCUAAUCCCAAUGGGCACAUCAUCCCCAUCCGUCUCCACUUAUAUUGCAUUUGUUGAAAGAUUUAUUGAAAAUAGUGGUUUAAAAUAUACUUUACACAGCGCUGGUACAACAAUCGAGGGCAAUUGGGAUGAUGUCUUCAAAAUGCUAGGAGAACUACAUGAGUAUGUUCAUAAAGAACUAAAAGUGUUAAGAAUUCAAAGUGAUAUUAGAGUCGGUACAAGGGUAGAUAAAGUGGGUCAAACAGCGUUUGAUAAAGUUGAUAUUGUUGAGAAAAAACUACAAUUGAUUGAUAAAAACCAAUUGAAAAUUGAAUAAUCAAAUCACAAUCGUUUAUUUAAUAAAAAGAGUCCCCUUUCCCCCAUAUAUAUACAUAUAAACACACAUAUAUAUAACAAAGAAAUAUUCAUUGAAAUUAAACCGAUAAUGAAAUACACCAAAAAUAAAAAA